CCACCGCGGAAGCAGGAUGGGCCGGCAGCUGCUGGCCUUCUGCCUGGCGCUUAUCGGCUUCAUGGGCACCAUCCUGAUCUGCGCGCUGCCCAUGUGGAAGGUGACUGCCUUCGUGGGUGCCAACAUCGUCACGUCGCAGGUGUUCUGGGAGGGCCUGUGGAUGAACUGCGUGAUUCAGAGCACGGGUCACCUGCAGUGCAAGGCCUACGACUCUGUACUGGCACUGCCGCAGGACCUGCAGGCCUCGCGCGCCCUCGUCUGCGUCUCCAUCGCUGUCGCCGUGGUGGCCAUAUCCCUGAGUGUGCUCGGGGCCAAGUGCACGAACUUCUACAGGGACGAGAGGAUCACCAAGGACCAGCUGGGUCUCUCAGCAGGGAUCGUGUUCAUGGUGGCCGGCGUACUGUGCAUCGUGCCCGUCAGCUGGUCAGCUUACACCAUCAUCACGGGAUUCUACAAUCCCCUGGCCACGCAGGAGAGGCGAGGGGAGCUGGGGGCCUCCAUGUACGUGGGCUGGGUGUCCGGCUUCCUCCUCUUCCUGGGGGGAGGGAUGAUCUGCAGCACCUACUCUCACAGAUGCUGCUGA